AUGGCCGCUCCAAGCCAAGAGAGCCUGCUCCUCCACAAGCAACUCAAAGCUACUAUGUUUUUGAAUGAAUUUACUGCAUGCGAUGAUGGUAGUGAAUCUGGUAAUGAAACUAUAUCCAUACGUAAAAGAAGAGCAAAAUCAAAAGUUUGGGAGUAUUUUACUGAGUUGCCUGUUGAUAGUGAUGGGAAAGCUAAAGUUCAGUGCAAGAAAUGUGACCAAGUUUAUGUUAGUGGUUAUGAUGAGGUUGAUUCAUCGUGGAAAACCAUGCCAUUAGAUCAAGAUAAUUACAGAGAAAUGUUGGCUAGGGUCAUUGCAUUGCAUGGUUAUUCGUUCUGUUUUGUGGAACAUCGAGGGAUACGCAAAUUACAUACAUUUUUAAAUCCUGAAGUCAAGCAUAUAUCGAGAAACACCACUAAAGCUGAUUUGCUUAAGUUGUACCAGAAAGAAAAAAGAAUUCUUAAACAAACUUUGAAGCUAGUUCCUAGCAGAAUCAGUCUAACUACAGACUUGUGGACCUCUUCAACAUCAGAUUACUACAUGUCUCUUACUGCACAUUACAUUGAUGAGCAAUGGAUCUUGCAAAACAAAAUAUUAGCUUUGUCUCAUGUUUCACCCCCAUAUAGUGGGGCAAUUUUAGUAGAGAAGCUAUUUCAUUUACUGAAGGAGUGGGGCAUCGAAAAAAGAAUUUUCACUGUUACAUUGGAUAAUGCAUCAUAUAAUGAUGCUUUUAUGAAGAUUUUGAAAGACCAUCCUGCUUUAAAGGAGCAUUUUGUCUCCAAUGGUGAAUUUUUGCAUGUACGAUGUUGUGCUCACAUUUUAAAUCUUGUUGUACAAGAUGGUUUAAAAAUAAUUGAUAAAUCUUUAUCCAAGUUUAGAGAAUGCAUUAAAUAUGUAAAGAGUCCUCCUGGAAGGAAGAAAAAAUUUGCAGAGUGUAUCGAACAAACUUGUUCAGUUAGUGCAAAGAAAAUUCAACAAGAUGUGUCCAAUAGGUGGAAUUCCACCUUUUUAAUGUUGGAGAGUGUUUUACCUUUUCGUCGGGCAUUUGAGCAAUUGAAGGUAAUCGAUUCAAAUUUUACAUUUUGUCCAUCAACUGAAGAAUGGGUAAAGGCUGAAAAAAUAGCAAAGUUCUUGAAACCUUUUUAUGAAGUGUGCACUCUUUUUUCUGGAAGUAAAUACCCAACUUCUAACUUGUAUUUUGGUGGAGUUUGGAAGAUACAAAAAUGCAUAAAGGAAGAGAUGACAAGUGAAGAUGAAGACAUAAAAUCUAUGGCAAGUGAUAUGGAGAAAAAGUUUAAUAAAUAUUGGAAGUGUUAUAGCAAGAUUUUGUCCUUUGCAUGCAUCUUAGACCCCCGUUAUAAGGUGAAAUAUGUGGAGUUUUGUUUUCAAAAAGUGGGUCUUGGUUCUACUCAUGUUGUCACUCUCUUGGAUAAGUUAAAGCUUCUUUACAAAGAAUAUGAGAGAGCAUCAAAUGAUAUAUGUAUGGCCGGUAGUAGUUCGGAAGAGGCCUUUGGAGAUGUUCGUGAUGAUGAGAUGCUUGAGUUUGAACAGUUUGUGAGCCAAGUAGUUUCAGUCAGUAGGACCAAGUCUGAAUUAGAAGAGUAUUUAGAUGAAAAGAUACUUUCUUGGAAGAAAAAUGAGAAACUGAAUGUUCUUGAAUAUUGGAAAGUAGAAUCUGAGAAGCGUCCUCAAUUAUCCAUGAUGGCUCGUGAUAUACUCAGUAUCCCUAUUACUUCAGUGGCCUCUGAAUCUGCUUUCAGCAUAGCUGGUCGUGUGCUUGAUAAGUACCGCAAUCGUCUUCUUCCGGAAAAUGCCGAAGCUCAAAUAUGCCUUGGUUCUUGGUUAGAGGAGGUUCCUUCUUUGGAAGAUAUUGAAGAAGGACAUCUGUUGGUGCAUGAUUUUAGUGAUAUUCAAAAUUUUGAAUCUGAAGGAGGGUGGUGAAGUGCUUGUUAGAAGAUUUGUCAUCUAUUAAG